CUUUUAUUCGCUAGUUUUUCAGUGGUUAGUUUCUCUCUCAUUUUACAGUGUCUGAGAAGAGAAGGCAAAAUUGAGAACCGACCAUUCCUGAUUGGACUCUAAUGAAUGGCUCAUCGAAAUCUUAAUCACAAGUUGACAUGGCACCAUCAGAACCGUUUGUCAAUGUCCCUGAAAAUGAAAUUCCAAAAACAGAUGAGUGUGCCAUGAAAAAACCACUUCCACUUGCUUCUCUUCUCUCUCUCUGUUCUUUUCUUCAUUCAUUUGUUCUCACUGUAGUGCUCACGAAGCACUUCACCAGCGCAUGCCCACCAAAGCAAAACCAAUUUUUUCUCCAAAGUCUGAAUCUUUUCACCCUUUAUUACCAAAUCCGGAAACCCCAGAUCUCGGGUAUAGCCGGUGAUCUGAAUUUUUUUUUUCCUCUGCUUUUCUUUGAACAUUACAUUCCCGGAAAACGGUUUUCCGGGGAAAGAAGUGAAGGAAGGGCGGAAUUGGGGUUUGAAAAAUGCGGCGAAGAGCGACGGAUUUUCGAAGGCCAGUGCGUAAGAGGGUUCCAGAUGCGUUGUGGUGGGCAUUGUGCUGUGCAGUGAUUCUUCUCUUUGUUUAUAUUCUGAGCAAAGGGAACAAAAUUGAGUCCAGACCCGCUUUGUCCAAGAAAACUUACAGGCAUGAUAAGAUUAUGGAAGGCCUUAAUAUUACUGAAGAGAUGUUAAACUCUAACUCGUUCACGAGACAACUCAAUGAUCAGAUAUCCCUGGCAAAAGCUUUUGUUGUAAUUGCAAAAGAAAGUAAUAAUCUCCAAUUUGCUUGGGAAUUAAGUGCCCAGAUCCACAAUUCGCAGAUGCUCCUCUCGAAUGCAGCCACUAGGCGUCUUCCUUUAACAACCAGGGAAACAGAAAGGGCUAUCCAUGAUAUGGCAUUAUUGUUAUACCAGGCCCAGCAGCUCCAUUAUGAUAGUGCAACCAUGAUCAUGAGAUUCAAAGCAAAAAUUCAAGCUCUUGAGGAACAGAUGAAUUCUGUUAGUGAAAAGAGUUCAAAAUAUGGACAAAUAGCUGCUGAAGAAGUCCCAAAAAGCCUCUAUUGUCUAGGUGUCCGGUUGACUACAGAAUGGUUCAAAAACUUCAAUUUGCAAAAGAAAUUUAAGGACAAAAGGCACGUGGUGAUGAAGCUUAAGGAUAACAGUCUUCAUCACUUUUGCAUUUUCUCUGAUAACAUUAUUGCAACUUCUGUUGUGGUCAAUUCAACUGCAAUGAAUUGUAAAAAUCCCAAUAUGAUUGUUUUCCACCUUGUCACUGACGAAAUAAACUAUGCUGCAAUGAAGGCAUGGUUUGCCAUGAAUGAUUUCCGUGGGGUGACUGUGGAAGUUCAGAAGUUUGAAGACUUUACUUGGUUAAAUGCUUCAUACGUUCCAGUGCUCAAGCAACUUCAAGACUCAGAAAUACAGAGCUACUACUUUUCUGGCAACAGUGAUGAGGGCAGGACACCUAUCAAGUUCCGUAACCCUAAAUAUUUAUCCAUGCUUAAUCACCUGAGGUUUUACAUCCCUGAAGUUUUUCCUGCACUUAAGAAGGUGGUGUUCCUGGAUGAUGAUGUUGUGGUUCAGAAGGAUCUUUCUGGUCUUUUUUCCAUUGAUUUGAAUGAGAAUGUAAAUGGAGCUGUUGAAACAUGCAUGGAGACAUUUCACAGAUACCAUAAAUAUUUGAACUACUCCCAUCCUCUUAUACGUGCACAUUUUGACCCCGAUGCUUGUGGAUGGGCAUUUGGGAUGAAUGUAUUUGAUUUGGUUGAAUGGAGGAAAAAGAAUGUAACUGGCAUCUACCACUACUGGCAGGAAAAGAACAUAGACCGAACAUUGUGGAAACUCGGUACCUUGCCACCUGGACUGCUGACAUUUUAUGGAUUAACUGAGCCCUUGGAUCCAUCAUGGCAUGUUUUGGGUUUUGGCUACACCAAUGUUGAUCCUCAGUUGAUAGAGAGGGGAGCUGUAUUACACUUCAAUGGGAACUCCAAACCCUGGUUGAAGAUUGGGAUUGAGAAGUACAAGCCCCUAUGGGAAAAAUAUGUUGAAUACUCUCAUCCUUUGUUGCAACAGUGUAACUUCCAUUGAUUUUGAAUUGCAUUUAAAUUGAUACUUCAAACCUUGGUGGAAGAUUCAGAUACAGGGCUAGGCUCUGUUGAUGGGGUAGGAGAAUAUAUUAUUGGCCGUUUGUAGGUCUGGCAGGCUUGGUGAUUCUUACCAGAAAGUGAAUUCAGGUCUUGAUUUGUAGUCAGAAAUGCUUGUACAAUUUGAAAAGGUCAAGCAUGUCUGGUGGCUUUAACUUGGUGCCUUCAUUGAAUCCGGAUCUACUUCUGUAGCAUAUAUAAUUAUACACGUUCAUUUGUCAAGUAUUAGACUGAAUCAGUUCAUAGUUUUCAAGUGUAGUCAAGGAUGAGAUCUGCUGCAAACUUCUUAUUGUUCAUUACUGCUCCUUGCAAGAACAGAUGUUCUUUCCUGUGACAUUCAUUUGCUGAAACUUUAUUCUGCUAUUCUUGUUGCCAUUUUUUUAAAAGUAGUUACUGUUAUUUAGUUCUCAAAUUCUCAUGUAUCACAAAACUAUAGUUUAUUUGUUCCACUAGCAGAAAUUCCAGCUGCAUUUGUUGUUAUGUGUGGGGAGAAUAGUCACAUGCUUGUGACAAGUAUGUUACGGAUAUUUUGUACCUUAUAUCUCAAUAGUCCAAAUUAUUAGUAUCUAAGAUUAUUAGUUCAA